AUGAUUGGGGAAGUUAGUACAAACAAAUUCCUAUCAGUGUUCUACAGCAUUGGAAGUAAACCACUAGAGAUGUGGGAUCAACAUGUUUGUAAUGGUCGAGUUUAUCGAAUGACUGAUGAAGAAAUUCAAUCGUAUGUUUUAGAAAUUUUGGGUCAAAAUAUAAGUACAACAUAUAUUACUUGUCCUAAUGCUAAAAAGAAAAGCCUUGCAGUUAAAAUGCCAAUUUUAGUAAUUGUUUUGAAGAAUCUAAAUAAAUAUUUCAGUUUUGAAGUUCAAAUUCUUGAUGAUCAAAACUUAAAACGAAGAUUUCAUGCAAGUACUUGUCAAACAACAACAGUCGUUAAGCCGUUUGCUUGUAUGAUGCCAAUGAAACUUGAUGAAGGUUGGAAUCAAGUACAAUUUGAUUUAGCUGAUUUUACUAGAAGAGCCUAUGGAACAACUUAUGUAGAGACGGUGAAAUUAAGUAUUCAUGCAAACUGUCGAUUGCGUCGUGUUUACUUUUGUGAUCGUAUUUAUUCAGAAGAUGAAUUACCAAGAGAUUAUAAACUUUAUCUUCCUCUUCAUCCAAUAUCAUCUAGCAGUAGUCGAAUACAUCAUCAUCAUCAACUGAAAGCAAUAUCAGAUGGAAAGACUUCAUCAAAUCGUUGA